GUCUAACAAGCUGGAAACUAACCUCUUUCAAUUUAUUUAUUAUAUUUAAGUCUAGAUUUUAAUAUCACAUAUAACUGUAGAUUAAUCAACAUAGUUAAUUAACAUGGACGACGAUGUGAUCGCACUUCAGAGACUGGAGCAUUUAAUGACUGAAUUUUUUUCCCCUCAAACAAGUAAUGAACGAAAACGAACGAUUGAACAGAGCCUUCAUGAAUUUGCUGCUCAGAUCAAUUCCUGGAGGCCCUGUCUUCAUUUCUUGUCAUCGACCAAUAAUCACUAUGUCAGUAUGUUUGCCUUAACAACCUUAGAGACCACAAUAGGAAGACGUUGGUCCAUUUUGCCUUGGGAAGACAAAGCACUGAUCAGAUCGACAUUAUACACACUUUCUUUAGAACGUGGCGUUGCUCCUUUCGUUAGAAACAAAGUAGUAAAGCUGGUCGUGGAUAUCGCCAGACACGAUUGGCCUCACUUUUAUCCAGAUUUUUUUUCCAACAUACUACAGUUAUUAUGUCACAAACACACAAGACUAUUGGGAAUAGUUUAUUUACGGACAGCCUCUGAAGAAUUAGCAACUCCGCGAGAAGAUUUACCACUUCAAAGGAAAUCGGAACUACUAAGACUUUUAGGAGCACAAAUCUCCACGACCUUAGAUACACUUACUGCCUUACUCAGAGAAACGAAUAGAUCUCAAAAUCGUUCGGGCACAAUCACACCACCUCCUUCUCCAACGGGAGGAAAUAAUAUUCCACCUGCACGUGCAGUUUUAGACGUGGAAGGAUUAGCUUCAGGCAGCAGUGAAGUUUGCAUAGCAACUCUUGAAGUUUUAGCCCACUUAUUUAGUUGGAUUAUUCUCUCGGAACACAUCACGCCAAACUUGUUGGAUGCCAUUUUUGCCUGUGCCAAAUAUCAUGAUUCAAUGAAUGGUAAACAGAUAGAAAUGGCUGUUCAGGCAAUGACGACGAUAAACGAAUUGCUCUACAGACCAUGUUCGCCAAGUGUAACGGAUAGACUGCUUCUACAAAUUUUUCAAAAUGCCAUCGAAAUAUUUCAAUCCAUGGAGCGACUAGACUCGAUUGACGAAAGCUACAUGGAAAAAACGACUGAAUUUUUACAACUGUUUGUAACCAAUCACCUAAAAAGGGUAGAAUCCUGUCCAAAAUUUCCAGUGAAUACAUUACUGGAGGUUUUAUAUCAUCACACUUUCCAACAAUGCUCCACCGUAAAUGCAUAUUUGCGUUGUUUGGAGGUGUGGAUUGUGCUUUUAGAAAGCACUCAGUCACAAUAUGCGACCGUUGCACUAGCAGUCGCUGAACGUGUCUUGCAAAAAAUCAGUUUUAAAAUAGAGGCUCGAACUUUAAAGUACCUUGAUACAGAAAAUCUCGACGAGAAUGAGGAAACGGAGUGGCAGCAUUAUUUGAGGUGCAAUAUUGAGUGUUUGGCGAAAAUCGCUGACAUAUCUCCCAUUCCGAUAUUCACGCUCUUGUAUCAAUCAUGGAGAGAAGCUUUAGGAGUAUUUGGUGAGUUGGGGUCCGCAGUAGCCAAUGGACAAGUACUUCUAUUAAAUGAAAACGAAGCUUCAAGUGUUCACUCACAUUUGCGUGAUUUGGCUUCUACCACACAAGCUUUAGCUAGACUCUACACCCUUUUUAUCGGUGAUCAGCCUAGCUCGGAUCACGCACUGACUGAAGAACUGAUAUUGCAAACUUUAGAUGUUUGUGAUUUUGCCAGAGAUAAUCAACUGUUUAGGGCUGCACUCCAACCCGCUGAAAUCGUCAUUGAUCUCGUCGAAGUACACUCGCAAUUAUUGGCGUCCCUUCAAGCUUGGUGCCAUUGGAUUUGUAGACGUCCAGAAAAAAUAAAAGAAACUCUAAGUCAACGUUGCACACAAUCGUGCCUUUGGGCACUGACAUACACUUCGCCCUGUGAAGCUCCACCGGCAAAUUUAGUUCAUUCGGCUGCUCAUUUACUUCAGAGUGUCACAGCCAUUCUCAAGCCAAAUUUAUGGGAUCAAUCCCCUUUUACGGAUUUACUCUGCGCUCAAAUAUACCCUCAUCUCAAACCUGACACGGUUAAAGUAUUGCGAAGGGCAUUAAUCAAUGGAAUCAUUCUUCCGCCUGGAGAUAAUUCCAUGCGGCAACGCUUAAUGAAUGUCCUUGUGGCUGCGCUCUCCGAUCCUCUCGGAGUCGAAGGACAACCAGUACCUCCCGAAUCUUCCGUAUCAGCAGCCGUCAUUCCCCUGAAACAACUUCUCGAAGACUGUUCUUCUUCUUCGACGAUGAUUAAAAAAUUAGUGCACGCGAGUCUGGACCAAAGAGUGAAGCGAAUUCUCGAACUUUUGCCACAUCUUAUCAGAAAUCAGGGAACGAGCGAAACGCUCCUUAGUUUUCUACACACGACCUUUUUGGUCCUCCAGCAGCAACUUGGCCCUGAAUUUACACAAAAUGCGGUUCAGAAAAUGCUACAUAUUUAUACUAGGGAAAAUAUCUCAUCGGGACCUGCGCUUGAUCAGCUUUUAGAAAUUUUAAUUCUGGUCGUGUCAGCCCCAAGUAGCGCUUUUAAAGCGUUUGUUCCGUCCGUAACUAGUUUGUGUCUUGGACAUGUUUGGCCAGCAGUGAACAAUGAUCUGAGUUCUCACCCGGACACAACUCUCGUCUUAUUGCGAUUAUUUCACAGCAUUUUAAUUCAUCGGUGGCAGUACUUUUACAACUCGUCCAUACUUCGAACUUUCGGCCAACCGGAAGGCGAAGAGCCCAUUGAACAUAAAGAAGAACUGGUGGCAAUUUUAGAAGCUUUCGGUCAGGCUUUACUACAGUCAGACGUCAACAUUUUCCGCCAAAGUCUGCAAAGUCUCGAAGAACUCAAUGGAAGAUGGCGACUCUAUCAGCGUGCCAUUUUCAAAAAUCAUCUUCUUGAGAGGUUCCUGAUGGCUCUUUUUACUGUACUUUUUCAUCGAUCUCACAAUUUAUUGGCCGAUGAAAUAGCCAAUGCCAUACACAGUCUCGCAACUGUGGAUCUCGCCUGGUUCUUUGGUAAUUUUAUACCAACAUUUUUAACAAGCUGCGAAGGCUUGGACAACGUCCAAAGAACGAUCUUAAUGGAAAACUUCGAUAAAUCAACUGACCAACCGACCCUGACACGUUCGGUUCUUCGACUGGUUUCUGACCUGAGAUGUUAUCAAUUAUGCAUAGCAGGCCAGGAUGAAGGAAUCGUUCUUGACUGCAAUUAAGAGUAAUUAGGACGACUAUAUUUUUCAACAAGCUCUCCCAUCUACGAAUAUUGUCUCCGAUUUUCAUUUUGGUCUUUCAGAUAAGUGGAGAGAAGCAGGUCUGAGUUUGUAAAAAAAAAAAAAAAAAAAAACAAGUGGGGAGGCUCCACGGCCACCAU